UCGAUGUAGAAAUGUUCAGUUACGAUGGUGAGUGUGUUUUUGUGUGACUGAAAACUUUACAAUGCUCAAAUGCCUUUUUUGUGAUUAAAUUCUGUAAUUUGUUUCUGUGUCUGGAAGGUUUGACUGCUCUUCAUUUGGCCGUCUUGUCUCACAACAAUGUUGUGAAGGACCUGAGGAACCUGGAAAAUCCCUGCACAUUCAUGACCACGGAGCUGGGGCAGCGGAAGCGCAUGUACUUUGAAUGUAUCAAGAUUCUGCUGAACAUGGGCGCCUCCUGUGGGACAAAGGAUCAGAAAAGUGGGCGGACUUCUCUCCAUAUGGCUUCUGAGGAGGCAAAUGUGGAGCUGCUGAAGAUUUUUCUUGACCAGCCAACAAUGCUGUCCAUUGUAAAUGUUAAGACGUUCAGUGGAAACACGGCACUGCACAUCGUCAGCUCUCUGACCAAUCACAAAACUCAAGCUGAAGCGGUGAAGCUGCUUAUGAGAAAGGGAGCCGAUCCUGGGGUUAGGAACUUAGAAAAUGAGCUGCCAUCUCAGCUGGUACCUGAAGGUCCUGCUGGGGAAAAGGUAAGGGUGUCACUUCACAUACAUGCUGGAGGAAUCGCAGAUGGCACUGUUUGCUGACUGAAAUCAAAAAAUUUUUUUUCCUGCAGGUGCGGCAGAUCCUGAAA